UACCAGCCAGGCAGCAGCAUGAAGAAGAUGAACCUCAUUAGUCUCUGCAGCCCUGCAGGAACCUAGGAGCAUGUGUCAAACGUGUUCCUACCAGCGCCUUCAAUAGGAGAGAAGGCAGGGAGGGAUGAGGGAGGGAGACGGUCAGAACGAGGUACCAGGGAGUAAUUACCACAGUCCAACUUGGAAUUUUAAUGUUCCCCCAAAAACCUCCAGCGCCGGCAAUUUGUCCGUUCUAGCAGAUUCUUCUGACAUGAGUUUUCUCUUUUUAAUCCUCAAAGCUUCUUGGGGAGAACAGAGAUGUGGGGAGCCAAUAGGAAAACUGCUGAGGAACGCGUUCUUUAGACAGGACUUUCAGGGAGGAAGGAGUCGUUUUGUUUACACAUUGACAUCCCCCCUUCAAGUGGGAAGUUGACAAGGAUGAUGACUGCUCGAGGCCAGAUGAAAAUAACACUGUUUUAUUUGGCCCUGAACCUCAGUUUGGUGGAUUCUCAUCUCUGUUCCUGAAAUGGCUGGUGUGUGUAAAUGUAGGUUUCAGACGGCGGUUUGCAUUGUUUCAGCUGGGCUAGUGUCAGGAACUGCUCGAAGGCUCGUGUUUUUUUAUUAUCAGAGGAUCAUGGAUUGACUUCUAAACUGUGUGUGUGUGGAAGGAGGAGUGUGUGAGGGGGAGUGUGUGUUUCUGGUUCGCUAGCGUGUUAUUAGAGGGCCCUGGGUCCUGGUGUCCAGCAUGCGGUGGAAAACGCAGAGUCAUCAGAGCGCGGCCGCGGUGGCGCUCCUAUCUCGGCACUUACCGGAUCAUGGCUCCCCUCCCGCCCGGCUCCCCUCCCGCCUGCCCGGCCACAUAGCUGUGGCCACUUACUCCAGAAUAGCUCCCCUCGUUUCUGUCUUGAGAACGGGACAAUAUAUGAACCCGGCAGUUUGCCUUCCAGGUCUAAACCAUGUCGGUUUACAACCAGUGUGCUUAUUUGUGGAGAUCUACGAUGUUUAGAGGCAUUCCACGCAUGCCACCCUGUGUUUGAGGAACAGUGUUGUGAUACUGAUCGUUUAAAAUCCACUUUAGUAUCCUGACAUGGAUAGUUGUAGGUCUUCUUCGAUAUGUUAGAUAGUUGCAGGGUUUCUUUGGUGUGUGUUAUUUUGUCUGACUCCGUACUCCUCCCUGUAGACAUGUAAUUAUUCUGUUCCUAUCCUGAACGCUGGUUUUUCUAGAACAUGUAAUUGACUGGCCAUGUCCAUAGAGUCUACCAUGUAGAUGAUGUCAACCCCUUUUCUGGUUGCCUGGCUACUAAACGUUCUGUCAUCACCCCCCCCCCCCUUCCUUAUCCAAUCAAUCUUUGCAAUCGAAAGCAUAAUCAGCAGCCUUUGUCACCCAGGGGUCAAAGGUCAAGUUGCAGAGAUGUUGCAUGCCUUUAGGGGUUAAGGUUAGCUGUAAAUCUCCAUCCCCUCCCUCCUGCUCCCGUGGCUCUCCCCUGUGGCUAACAUCUCUUUCUCUCUCUUCCCUCUGUUGCAGGAACAAGGUCUGAUGAUGGGAUGGAUGUGAACAUGGGCCAGUGGGCCAGCAUGCGCCUCCUUCGCCUGGCCCUCCCCCUCCUCCUCCUCCUGCUGCUCCCUCCGGGGCGCUGCCAGGACCCCCCGGGCCCCCCUGACCCACAGGGGCGCCUCCUCUUCACGCUGCCCCUGUACCAUGCCACCGUCCACGAGAACUCCGCCGCCCGCACCUACGCCAGCAGCCGGGUCCGCAUGGGCGUCCGCCUGGCGCUACGCUCCUGGGAAGUCCGCUACCGGAUCACCUCCGGGGACGAUGAGGGCUUCUUCAAGGCGGAAGAGUACGUGCUUGGGGACUUCUGCUUCCUGCGCAUACGGACAAAAGGUGGGAAUGCGGCCGUCUUGAACAGGGAGAUCCAGGACAGCUACGUGUUGAUGGUGAAAGCGUCCGUCAAGGGGGAGGUUUUGGAGACCUGGACUAAAGUCAUCAUCCAGGUGCUGGACAUGAACGACCUCCGACCCCUGUUCUCCCCCACUACCUACUCUGUCACCGUGGCGGAGAGCGCCCCUCUCAGGACGAGCAUCGCCCAGGUCACAGCUACAGAUGCCGACGUUGGCUCCAAUGGGGAAUUCUACUACUUCUUCAAGGAGAAGAUGGAGCUGUUCGCGGUGCACCCCACCAGCGGUGUGGUGUCGCUCAGCGGCCGUCUGAACGUGGAGGAGCAGAGCCGCUACGACCUGGAGAUCCAGGCGGUGGACCGCGGCAUGAAGCUGUAUGGGAACAAUGGAGUAAGCAGCACCGCCAAGCUGCUGGUGCACGUGGAGCGUCUGAACGAACACGCUCCCGUGAUCAGCGUGGUCGCCCAUGUGCCCUCGUGGCUGGAUAAGGACCCCGUGUUCGCGGUGGUAACCGUGGAGGACCUGGACGAGGGCUUGAAUGGAGAGAUAGAGUCGGUCACCAUCGUAGCAGGCGACCCCUUGGAGCAGUUUACUCUGGUGAGGUCGGAGGGGGACGAAUUUGCAAUAAAAGCCCCAGAGAUGGUGGACUGGGAGAGCUAUCCUCACGGCUUCAACCUGUCCCUUCAGGCCACGGAUAGAGGCACCCCUCACAAGUUUUCCGCUGUCAGGGGUGUCCACAUCCUGCUCAGGAGGCCGCAGACGGUGGAGGUGAAGUUUGAGUCUGACUUUUAUGAAAUCAGCCUGAACGAGAUGUCCCCCCCAGGUAGCAUUGUAGAGGCGGUGAAGAUCACCCCCGAGCCAGAUGACGCAGAGUACGUCCUCACCCCCUCCACAGACUCCACCUUCUUCACCAUAAACCCUUUGACUGGUGUGCUCUCCACUGCCCGCUGGUUCACCUCCGCCUCCCGGGGCCUGUUUGACCUGGAGGUGAUGGAGGUCGACAGCGAACUCAGGGUCAAAGUUAGGGUCACAAUUGAAGACGCCAACAACCACACUCCGACGUUCGCCCAGACGACAUACGAGGUCUUUGUCAACGAGAGCAUUCCCAUGGGAACGAGCGUUCUGUCGGUGUCAGCCGUGGAUGAAGACAGUGGUGAGAAUGGAUAUAUAACCUACAGUAUAACCAGCCUGCAGCCGCUACCUUUCAAAAUCAACCAGUUCUCUGGGAUUAUCACCACCAAGCAAGAACUAGACUUUGAGUCAUCUUCUGAGAGCUAUGUGUUUGUGGUGAGGGCUUCAGACUGGGGCUCCCCCUACAGACGAGAAAGUGAAGUCAACGUAACUAUCCGCCUGGAAAACGUGAAUGACAACCAGCCCUUGUUUGAGAAGGUGGAAUGCCAGGGAGUCAUCUCUCGAGAUUUCCCCGUAGAUGAUGUGAUCACCACCAUGUCCGCCAUUGACAUAGAUGAGCUGGAGCUGGUGAAGUACAAGAUUCUGUCAGGUAACGAGGAGAAUUUCUUCCAGCUCAACCCCGACUCAGGGGUUCUGUCUCUGCUGAGAUCCCUCGCCACCGCCAGCCCCAAAAAUAACGUUUUCAGUUUAAAAAUAACUGCCACGGACGGAGAGAACUUCUCGGAUCCGAUGUUCGUCAAUAUCUCCCUAGUUCAGGGGAAAUCCCCCCCGAAGAGUUUCAACUGCAGAGAGACCCGUGUCGCCCAGAAGUUAGCUGAGAAGCUUCUAAAGAAGUCCAAGGCUAGCAGCAAGCCUAAGAUAGAGGAUGGCUUUAUCGACCUGUUCUCAGUAAACCGACAGAGCCCUCAGUUUGACAAAGCCUUCCCCACAGACGUAACAGUACGAGAGGACUUGGCGGUUGGUUCUAGCGUGUUCAAGGUAAAGGCUCACGACGGGGACACCGGCUUCAACGGCCAGGUUCUGUAUGCCAUCUCUGACGGCAACACAGACAGUUGUUUUACCAUUGACAUGGAGACCGGUCUCAUCAGCGUGUACCUCCCCUUAGACCGCGAGAAGAGAGACCGGUACCUUCUCAACGUUACGAUAUACGACCUGGGUCUCCCUCAGAAAGCCGCCUGGCGUCUCCUGACCGUCUAUGUAGAGGACGCAAACGACAACGCUCCCCAGUUCCUGCAGGACGCCGGCUACCGUGCUGCGGUCCCAGAAAACACCCCAAUCGGCACGGACGUCAUCCAAGUGGAGGCCACCGAUAAAGACCUUGGACCUAACGGAGAGAUCUCCUACUCGCUCCUGACGAGCACCAGCCAGUUCGGCAUCAAUAGCAGCACAGGGAUUGUGUACGUGGCCGGGCAGCUGGACCGGGAGCUUGUUGCUUCCUUCCACCUGAAGGUCGAAGCUCGAGACAAGGCGGAGAAGGGGAACCAGAGGUUUUCCGUCACCGAUCUGAAGAUUUCUCUCGAGGACGUGAACGACUGCCCACCGGCGUUUAUCCCCAGCGUGUACAUGGCCCGCGCCCUGGAGGACCUACCUGUUGGCACGGUGGUGGCCUGGCUGGAUACACAGGACCCGGACCUGGGUCUGGGGGGGCAGAUCCGGUACUCCCUGGCCAACGACUACAACGGGAAGUUUGAAGUUGAUAAAAUGAGCGGAGCCAUCAGGCUGAUGAAGGAGCUGGAUUAUGAGACCCAGCAGUUCUACAACCUCACCGUGAGGGCCAAGGAUAGAGGCCGGCCUGUCUCCCAGCUGUCCGUCACCUCUGUGCUGCUGGAGGUGGUGGAUGUGAAUGAGAACCUCUACGCUCCAUACUUCUCUCACUUCGCCCUGACAGGAACCGUGAAGGAGAGCGCACGGAUCGGAACCACCGUGCUCCAGGUAACGGCCCGGGACGACGACCUGGGCCGGGACGGAGAGAUACAGUACUCCAUCCGGGAUGGGACCGGGCUCGGACGCUUCACCAUCGACGAGGAAACAGGGAUGAUCUACACCACAGACUUGCUGGACCGCGAGACGCAGGACUCCUAUUGGCUGACGGUGUAUGCGAGUGACCAUGGUGUGGUUCCCCAGUCCUGCUCCCUGGAGGUGUGGGUGCAGGUGGAGGACGUGAAUGACAACGCUCCUCUAGCGUCUGAGCCGGUGUACCGGCCGGCCGUGCUGGAGAACUCCCCGCGCGACAUGCCCGUGGUUCAAGUGCAGGCCCAGGACCCCGACAUAGCCCCCCCUGGAGGUGCCAUGAGCUACCGGAUCACCAGUGGGAACCCCCAGAACUUCUUCACCAUCAACACACGCACAGGGCUGAUCACCACCACCUCCAGGAAGCUGGACCGGGAGCAGCAAGCAGAACACGUCCUGGAGGUGAGUAUAUCUGAUGGAGGUGCCAGCCCCAUGACCUCCACGGUGUGGGUGUGUGUGCGCGUGCUGGACGAGAACGACAACAAGCCCACCUUCCCAGAGAAGAUGUACCAGGUGCGUGUGGUGGAGCGUGAGCGGAGGAAGAGAGGGGAGCCACUGUACCGGGCCUUCGCCUACGACCGCGACCAGGGCGCCAAUGCUGACCUCUCCUACAGCAUCGUCGACGGCAACGAAGAAGGGAAGUUCUUUAUCGACCCCAAGACAGCUGUGGUGUCGUCACGGAAACAGUUCACGGCCGGAAGCUACGACAUUCUCACAAUUAAGGCCUCAGAUAAUGGCCGCCCCCAGAAGUCCUCCACCGCCCGGCUGCAUAUCGAGUGGAUCCGCCGGCCUCCGGCCUCAGCGCUGCCCCUGGUGUUUGAGGAGCAGUACUACAACUUCACCGUCAUGGAGAGUGACAAGGUGGCUGAGAUUGUGGGCGUGGUCUCCACUCAGCAGAGCUCCGCCCCCUUAUGGUUCGAAAUCACAGGUUCCAGUCCCUUCCGAGAGAUGUUCUAUGUCCUGCAGGGCGCUUGUGGCAGGAACUGCUCCUCAGAAGGCGGUAACCUAGACAGCGUGUUUGGAGUGGAGAAGGGAGCCGGUACCAUCAUCAUCGCCCGGCCCCUCGACGCAGAGCAGCGCUCCUUCUAUAACCUCACCCUGGAGGUGACAGACGGCUCCAACACCGCCUCCACACAGGUCCACAUCACGGUUCUGGACACCAAUGACAAUGCCCCCAUGUUCUCCCAGCCCAGCUACGAGGUGGCGGUGUCGGAGGACACGCCCCCGGACACAGAGGUGGUUCAGGUGCUGGCGUCGGACCGUGACGAGCAGCACCGGCUCAGCUACUCCCUGCAGGGGGCGCUGGACCCCGCCAGCCUGCGCCUGUUCCAUCUGGACCCCGCCUCCGGCACCCUGCUCACCUCCCAGCGCCUCGACCAUGAGGCCUGUGCUCGCCACGUCCUCACCGUCAUGGUGAAGGACCAGGAGUUCCCGUACCGGAGGAACCUAGCGCGGGUGCUGGUGGAGGUGGAGGACGUGAACGACCACGUCCCGGUCUUUACCAGCGCGCUGUACGAAGGCUCGGUGUAUGAGUCUGCUGCUGUGGGCUCGGCCGUUAUCCAGGUCGCAGCGCUGGACAAGGACAAGGGCGCCAACGCAGAGCUGCUGUACGCCCUAGAAUCAGGGAACACAGGGAACAUGUUCCGGAUAGAUGCGGUGCUGGGUAUCUUGUCCGUGGCGAGGGAGCUGGAUCUCUCCUCCAUCGGCCACUACGUCCUCACGGUCAGAGCCACUGAUAACGGCUCCCCUCCCCUCUCCUCCACCACGGUCGUCCGGAUCGCUGUAACCCUCUCGGACAACGCUGGGCCCAAGUUCCCCCAGCCAGAAUACCAGGCUGAAGUCACAGAGAACGUUGCCGUGGGAACGUCCGUCACCACGGUGACCGCGGUCAGCCAGUCCACCCUGACCUACGACAUCAGGCGGGGCAAUGAGGAGCGCGUGUUCAGGAUCAACCAGUACAGCGGCGUGAUCACUACCCAGAAGCCUCUAGACUAUGAGGCCACGCCCUCCUACUCCCUCACCGUCCAGGCCACCAACAUGGCGGGCAUGACCUCCAACGCUACGCUGCUGGUCACCGUGGGCGACGAGAACGACAACCCGCCCGUGUUUCAGCAGCUCCGUUACCACGGCAGCAUCAGCGAGGCGGCGGCCAUCAACAGCGUGGUCCUGAACCCAGACGAGUCUCCUCUGGUUAUCAGGGCCACGGACGCCGACCGCAACCAGAACGCCCUCCUGGUCUACCAGAUUGUAGAGGACACCGCCAAGAUGUUCUUCACCGUCGACUCCGGGACCGGUUCCAUAAGGACGAUCGCAAAUCUGGAUCAUGAGACGUUCGCAAGUUUCAACUUCCAUGUCCACGUGAGGGACAGUGGGAGGCCCCAGCUGACUGCCGACAGCCCCACCCAGGUCACCAUCCAGGUGAUCGACACCAACGACUCCCCUCCCCGCUUCACUCAGGACGCUUACGAGGCUGUCCUGCUGCUGCCCACCUACGUGGGCGUGGAGGCGCUGCAGGUAGCGGCCACAGACCCCGACAGAAACGUCCCGACCGAGCUCAUCUUCUCCCUGACGGACGGCAGCCUGGAGCACUUCUCCAUUGGUCCCUCCACCGGCAUCCUCACGGUGACCAACAACAACUUUUCCAAGGAGCGCUUUCGCUUCAACGUGAAAGUGUCAGAUGGGAAGUUCUCAAACACGGCCCUGGUCACUGUUCUGGUCCGAGAGGCUCUGGACUCCGGCCUGGUGUUCACGCAGAACCUCUACUCCUCCUCUAUCCAGGAGAACGUGACCAACAUCACCAAGGUGGCGGUGGUCAACGCAGUGGGGAACCGGCUGAACGAGCCGCUCAAGUACACCUUGCUGAACGCCGGUUCCCUCUUCCGGAUCCUUCCGACCUCCGGCGUGAUCCAGACGACAGGUGAGCCCUUCGACCGGGAGGAGCAGGAGUUCUACGAGCUGGUAGUGGAGGCUGGGCGGGAACACGACCACCUGCGCGUUGCCAGGGUGAUGGUGAGGGUCCAGCUGGAGGACGUCAAUGAUAAUGCUCCUGUGUUCGUGGGGCUGCCGUACUACGCUGCGGUGCAGGUCGAAGCAGAACCUGGCUCGCCCAUAUUCCGCGUCACGGCAGUUGACCAGGACAAAGGCAUCAACGGGGACGUGUCUUACUUCCUCAAAGACGACUACGGACACUUCGAGAUAGACCGUCAAAAGGGAGGCCUCCGCCUGAAGAAGGCUUUCGAGUCGGACCUGUCCAACAUAGAAUACCAUGUGGUGGUGUAUGCCAAAGACGGCGGGCAUCCACCUCUCUCUUCCACUGUGGAGUUCCCCAUCACCGUUGUCAACAAGGCCAUGCCGGUGUUCGAUAAGUCCUUCUAUGCCGUGUCCGUGAACGAGGAUGUAGCGGUUCACACACCAAUCCUGGGCAUUAAUGCCACGAGCCCUGAGGGCCAGAGCAUCAUCUACACCAUUGUGGAGGGGGACCCCGCGCUGCAGUUCGACAUCGGCUUUGACACCGGCGUCAUCAGCGUUAUCAACUUCCUGGACUACGAGGUCGCCGCCUCCUACCGGCUGACGGUCCGGGCCACAGACUCCCUGACGGGCGCCAGGGCGGAGGUCGAUGUAGACGUGACAGUUCUGGACGUCAAUGACAACUCUCCGGUGUUUGAGAAGAUGUCAUACCGGGCAGUCUUGUCGGAGACGGCGAUGAUUGGAACUCCGGCGCUGCAGGUCGUAGCAACCGACCGAGAUUCGGAGAAGAACAACGCGGUGCGCUACCAGAUGUUCUCGGAGAUCUACAACAGCACGGACUACUUCCACAUCGACAGCAGCAGUGGCCUCAUCCUGACCGCUCGCAUGCUCGACCACGAGCUUGUCCAGCGCUAUGAGUUCAUUGUCCGGGCGACGGAUAACGGCUUCCCGCCUCUGAGCAGUGAAGUAUCAGUCACGGUCGUGGUUAACGACAUGAACGACAACCCUCCCAUCUUCAACCAGCUGCUCUACGAAGCCUAUGUCAGCGAGCUGGCACCCAGAGGCCACUUCAUCACCUGCGUUCAGGCGUCAGACGCUGACAGCUCAGACUUCGACAAACUGGAGUACGGCAUCUUGUCGGGAAACGAGAGGAUGAACUUUAUGAUGGAUGGGCAGUCUGGAAUCGUAACACUGUCGGGCCAUCGCAAGCAGAGGAUGGAGCCGACCUACAACCUGAACGUGUCUGUUUCUGACGGCGUGUUCACCAGCACGGCCCAGGUCCACGUCACGGUCCGGGGAGCGAACCUCUACAGCCCUGCGUUCGCCCUGAACACCUACGACGGGGAGGUGCGCGAGAAUGCCCCUGUGGGCACCAAGGUCGCACAGGUGAAGGCGACAGACGCAGACCCAGGAGUAUUCGGCCAGAUCUCCUACUCGUUCGCCAACGAUGUGGGCAAAGACCAGUUCAGCGUCGACGCCAGUGGGCAGAUCACCACACUGGAGAAGCUAGACCGUGAGGAGCCAGAUAACAGGGACGUUAUCCUGAGCGUAGCAGCCCGGGACGGCGGAGGCAGGGCCGCCUUCUGCACGGUGCGUGUCGCCCUCCUGGACGAGAACGACAACAGCCCUCGCUUCAGAGCCACUGAGUACCGGGCGUCUGUGAAGUCGGACGUGGGGAAGGGCUUCCUGGUGACCCAGAUCCAGGCGGUAGAUCCUGACGACGGGGCGAACGCCCGGGUGACAUACUCCCUCUACAGCGAGGCCCACGUCCCCGUGGUUGACAUCCUGGAGAUCGAUCCCGACAACGGCUGGAUGGUUACUAAGGGCAGCUUCAGCCACCUGCGCAACUCUGUGUUGUCGUUCUUUGUGAAGGCGCUGGACGGAGGAGUCCCGGUCAGACACUCACUGGUCUCUGUCUAUAUCCACGUCCUGGCGCCCGACGCACUCCUGCCAGCGUUCAGCCAACCGCAGUACUCCUUCUCUGUCCCUGAGGACACGCCCCUAGGCUCUGCCAUUGGGUCCAUUCGCCUUGUGAUCCCGCCCUCUCUGACCUCUGCUCCCGUGUCGUUUGCCCUGGUGAACGGUGAGACUGGCGAGAACAACCAAGAUGGCGUCCUGGUGGUGGAGAAAGACACUGGGGUGGUGAAGGUGGACAAGCCCCUGGACCACGAGCUCAUCAAGGCGUUCUACUUCAAGCUGACGGCCACACUGCCGCAGGCCAAGAUGGAUGCCGUCACCAGCGUGGACGUGGAGGUGCAGAUCCUCGACCUCAACGACAACAAGCCGGCGUUCGAGUCCAGCUCGUACGAAGCCACCGUCAUGGAAGGGAUGCCCGUGGGGACCAGGAUCAUCCAGGUCCAGGCCUCCGACCCAGACUCCGGAGCCAACGGGCAGGUCACCUACAGCCUGGGGACAUCGGCCAAGGGCGAGGCUGAAGGCGCGUCCCCAACUUUCUCCAUCGACAGCAACAGCGGCUGGGUAUCCAGUCUGAGGGAGCUGGACCACGAGACACACCCGUCCUACACCUUCACCGUGGUGGGCUCGGACCUGGGGGAGGCUCUGGCGCUGUCUUCCACCACCACGCUGAUGGUGGCCGUGUCGGACGCCAACGACAACCCCCCCCGGUUUGUGGAGGAGCGGUACUGGGGCUCUGUGCGGGAGAGUGACCCCCCAGGGGAGGUGGUGGCGGUCCUGAACACGCGUGACGACGACAGCUCCAGCGUGAACCGGCAGGUCAGCUACCACAUCACAGGAGGGAACCCGCGGGGAGUGUUUGCGCUGGGCCAGGUGCAGGGGGAGUGGAAGAUGUACGUGAAGAGACCCCUGGACCGCGAGGAGCAGGACCUCUACACACUUAACGUAACCGCUAGCGACGGACUCUUCGUCACCAGGGCAACGGUGGAGGUGGCGGUGACAGACGCCAAUGACAACAGUCCCAUUUGUGACCAGGCGCUGUACACUGCUUUGCUGCUGGAGGACGUGGCGCUGGGCCGGGUGGUGGUGAAGGUGGGGGCGUCUGACCCAGAUCUGGGGCUCCACUCCUGGCUGCAGUACUCCCUGCAGGGCCCAGGGGCCCUGGACUUCACUAUGGACCCUGACACCGGUGAGAUCCAGACCGCGGCCCCUCUAGACCGGGAGAAGACCCCGGUAUACCGGCUGGUUGCCCAGGCAACAGACGGGGGUGGUCUGUGGUGCCGGUCUGUGGUGCAGCUCACCCUGCAGGACGUGAACGAUCACGCCCCCGUGUUCUCCCUGCCGCUGUACACAGCCAGCGUGUACGAACACACAGCACCCAAAGCCCUGCUCACACGCAUCCAGGCCAGCGACCCCGACGAGGGCUCCAGUCGCAGGGUGCUGUACUCCCUGGCUGACUCUGCAGGGGGCAGCUUCUCCAUUGACCAGACGACAGGCAUUGUGGUUCUGGAGCGUUCCCUGGACCGCGAGCAGCAGCCGUCCUACCUGAUCACGGUGCGGGCCUCCGACCAGGGCUCGCCGCGCCUCUCCUCGCUGGCCAACGUGACCGUGACGGUGCUAGACAUCAACGACAACCCCCCAGUGUUCUGGCGUCGUGACGCGCUGGCCAGCGUGGCGGAGGACGCGGCCCUGGGGGAGGAGGUGCUCAGAGUGCACGCCGCCAGCAAGGACAUCGGCACCAAUGCAGAGAUCACAUACAGCAUCCGCUCAGGGAACGAGCACGGGAAGUUCCACAUCCACCCUCUGACUGGAGCCGUGCUGGUGUCCAGCCGUCUGGACUAUGAGACCUGUAAAGACUACUUCCUGACUCUCGAGGCCACAGACGGCGGGACUCCGCCCCUCAGCGCCGUCACCACGGUGAACAUCAAUGUAACGGAUGUCAACGACAACGCCCCCAUGUUCAGCCGGGAUGCCUAUGCUGCUGUGGUAGCAGAGGAUGCCGCUAUAGGGGAGCCCGUCGUCAAGCUGACAGCAGAGGAUGUGGACAGCCAGGUGAAUGGGGAGGUGGAGUACUCCAUCAUUAGUGGAGACCGAGACAAACACUUCUACAUAAACCCUGCCACUGGCCUCCUGAAGAUCAACAAGCAGCUGGACCGAGAGAUGGUGUCAGGGUACUCUCUCUCAGUCAGAGCCCAGGAUGGAGGCUCCCCCCCCAUGUUCUCCACUGUCACGGUCAACAUCGACGUCUCCGACAUCAACGACAACCCGCCCACCUUCAGCCCGGCCAACCUCACCACCGUCAUCCAGGAGAACAAGGCUAUUGGCACCAGCAUCCUCCAGCUGUCCGUCACCGACCAGGACUCCGCUCACAAUGGUCCUCCGUUUGAGUUCCAUAUCCUGUCUGGCAACGAGGGCGGAGAGUUCCUAUUGGAGCGCGACGGGACUCUGGUAGCCAAUCAGGUGUUCAGGAGAGAGCUCGCCACGGAGUACGUCAUCAUGGUCCAGGUGAAGGAUUCUGGGAAGCCUCGCAUGUCGUCGUCGUCCACGGUAACGGUGCGUGUCAUAGAGGAGAGUCUGCACAGGCCCGUGGCGUUGCCCCUGGAGAUCAGCAUUGUCACCAUGGAGGAUGAGUUCCCAGGCGGGGUCAUAGGUCAGCUCCAUGCCACCGACGCCGACCCGUAUGACGCGCUGGUGUUUGGCCACGCCCCCCCAGCCCAGCGCAGCCUCUUCAAGAUCAGCCCCCGUGACGGCCGCAUCAUCGCCCUGAGCGGGCUGGACGCAGGACGCUACGCCCUCAACGCCACGGUGACAGACGGACGCUUCACCGUGAGCGUGCCCGUGAGCGUGCACGUGCGGCAGGCGUCCCUGGAGAUGUUGCGCCAGGCGGUGACUGUGCGCUUUGAGAGCGCCGCGCCACACCACUUUGUCGCCACGCACCUCGACGCUGUCGUCCGGGUGCUGCGGGUCGCCGCGGAGACGCAGGGGAAGAGGGACGAGCUGCACGUGCUCAGUCUGCAGCCCGUGAGCGGGACGCAGCAGCUGGACCUGCUGGUCGCCGUGGAGACGGCAGAGGGAGGGUUCUACCAGGCGGCGUACCUGACGCAGAAGCUGAGCGCUGGCAGGAGGAGCCUGGAGCACCUGCUCAGGGUGUCGGCCAUCCUGGAGAAGAACUGCUCCGGCCUGGACUGCAGGGGGGGGCGCUGUGAGCAGAGCAUCCAGCUCGACUCACACCACCUGGUGGUCUACUCCACCCCCAGGAUCAGCUUCGUGUCUCCUCGCUUCCACCGCUCCGCCCACUGCUCCUGCACAGACUCCAGCUGCCCCCCCUCAGGGCUGUGUGAGGGGCAGACCUGCCCCGGGGACAUGCAGUGCGUGGCCUCCGGGGGCACUGCUGGGCCCUACGUCUGCCAGUGCCCUGCUGGGAAGCUGGGGGAGUGUGCAGGCCAAGCGUCUCUCAGCUUCUCAGGGAACAGCUAUAUAAAGUACCAGGUUUCAGACGGCCUCAGAGGAGAGAUGAAGCUGGAGCUUCGAAUCAGAACCCUGCAGAGCCGAGGAAUCAUCAUGUACACACACUCUGACCCCUGCACCCUGCUCAAGCUGGAGGAGGGAAGGCUGUGGUUCCAGCUGGACUGCGGCAGCGUCCCUGGCGUCCCUGGCAGUGCCUUGGGAGCUCUGGGCAUCUCAGGGCGGCCCGUCAACGAUGGCAAGUGGCACUCCGUGUCCCUGGAGCUGAACCCCAACUUCACCAGCCUGGCUCUGGACGACAGCUACGUGGAGCGACGCCGCGGACCCCCACGCAUGCUGCCUCUCGGCCCUGACGGGGCCAUCUACUUUGGAGCCCAGGUGCAGCCCCCCAACCCCGGCAGCCUGCUGGACAGUAAAAAGGGGCCCAUGGUGCUGGAUGGCUUCCAGGGCUGCCUGGACUCAGUGGUGCUCAACAACAACCAGCUGCCGCUGCACAACAAGCGCAGCCGCUACGCCGAGGUGGUGGGUCUGACGGAGCUGAGGCUUGGCUGCUACCUCUACCCCGACGCCUGCCUCGCCCUGCCCUGCCUCAAUGGGGCCACCUGCACCAGCCUGCCCUCUGGUGGUUUUGCGUGUAGUUGCAGCCUCCAGUACACCGGUGGGCGCUGUGAGACAGAGGUGACGGCAUGCAUUCCCAAUCCGUGUCAGAACAGCGGCGUGUGUAAAGCCCUCGGCAAUGCCUUCCUGUGUGGCUGUAGACGAGGCUUCAGAGGGUUGACAUGCCAGGAGGAUGUGAACGAGUGUGAGCGGGGCUCUCCGGAGGGGGAGUGUGAGAAUGGUGGGGUGUGUGUGAACACUCGCGGAUCCUUCUACUGUAACUGCUCCCUGGGCUUUGUGGGGCAGCGCUGCGGGCUGCGGCCCGUGGUGGUGCCCGACAUGCAGGCUGGCCACGCCCUGCUGGGGAAGGAGGAGCUCAUUGGCCUGGCUGCCGUGCUGCUUGUCAUCAUCGUCCUGAUCGUCCUCUUCAUUGCGCUGAGGAAGAAAGUGUUCCAGAAGAACUACUCCCGUAACAACCUGUCCCUGGUGCAGGACCCGGCCACGGCCGCCCUGCUCAACAAGGCUAACGGGCUGCAGUUCUCAGCACUGCGCUGCUCUCCGGCCGACAGCCUCAACUUGUACGCAGAGGCGGGGCUGGGGCCAGGGCUGGGGGUCGGGGGGCCCCCCCAGGUGCCCGUCAGGCCGAUGGCGUACACGCCGUGUUUCCAGGGCGACCCACGCUCCACACUGGACAAGAUGGCGGAUGGGCGGGGGGCGGAGCUGACCGAGAUGACCACCUUCCACCCUGAGUCGCCACGGAUACUGGGCAGUGGCGGGCGCAGGGGCGUGGUGGUGUGCAGCGUAGCACCCAACAUGCCGCCCGUGUCGCCAUGCCGAUCUGACUGUGACUCUCUCCGCAAGAGCCCUUGGGACGAUGAGGGUAAGAUGGUGGACAUGGGCGACGAGGUCACCUGUUUCUCCGGGAGCAACAAAGGAAGCAGCUCCGAGGUCCAAUCAUUGAGCUCCUUUCAGUCCGACUCCUGCGAUGACAACGCCUCCAUAGUUACCGUCAUUCGACUGGUCAAUGAUGCUGUCGACACGAUCGAAAACGAAGUGUCAGUCAUGGACCAAGGUCAGAGCUACAAUAGAGCAUACCACUGGGACACGUCUGACUGGAUGCCCAGCACACGGCUUCCUGACAUCCAGGAGCUGCCCACCCACGAGGGGGCCCCGGGGGGCCAGGCGGCCCCGGGGGGCCAGGGCCCUGGGUCGGCCCAGUUGGGGGGCAGCAGCCGGGAGCUGGAGACUGAUUACUACCUGGGGGGCUACGACAUUGACAGCGACUACCCCCCCCCUCACGAGGAGGACUUCCUGGGCCAGGACCAGAUGCCCCCGCCCCUGCCCCUGGGGGAGGACUACCAGGAGCCCCCCUACGACACGCUGCCCCCUGCCCAGCCCCCCUCCCAGACCCCCUCCCAGACCCCCUCCACCCAGAGCACCCUGAGCGGGAGAGGCGUCCACAUGGCACGUCCACACUUCCACCCCAGCCAGUACCUGCCCCCCCACCAACCUCCCCAGGGGGGGGAGGAGUUCAGCCCACCUCUGGCAGGGGGGGGGGUGCCCGCGGGCAGCGUGGGGGAGGGGGAGGGCUCUUUGAGGCUGUCGGGCGGAGCCUGGUCGGCCUCCGACGCCUCCACGCCGGUGCUGGAUGACUCUGCGAGCAGCGACCUGGACAGCCUGGAUGACACGCACCGUGGCAAUACCGUCACCAUGGAGAUGCCGCUGCGCCGCGGUGACACCGUCACCAUGGAGACACAGCUGCGCCGCGGUGACAUCGUCACCAUGGAGACGCAGCAGCAGACCGAGGUGUAGCCUCACCGUGACCCUGUCGAGGAGACACUGGGGAA